AAUCGGCUGAUUGGUCAUAUUCAUCUGAUAAAAACAAUAAAAAUGUUCUCGUUUUGUAAAAAUUUAUCACCAGUUCUAUUGUGUAUUUUGUGUACAAGAAUUUUCAAUAUCAUGUUAUCGAUCGUUCAUAAAAUAAUGACUAAAUGACCUACUAUUAAAGUCGUAACCCAAAUAAUAGGUUGAGACGUUAGUAAACUUGUUUUCAAAGUAAAGGGGGUCACGAAUUCAACACUAUCAGAUGAAGGUUAAAGUUGAACAACAUUAGGUAUACAAUAUUUUUCACCAGAGUGUUAAAAGAUGUAGUCGAAUUUAUUGUUCACGGAAAAUGACAAACAACCAUCCAUCAGCCCAAACUGAUCGGUCGACGGAUUGGCGGUCACGUCGACCGGCGUUAUGAAGAAGACCGCUGUUAAUUAUGAACGUACUCACUCGUUGGCGGAUGAUGAUGAAGAUGGUCGCGAGAUAAUAUUAGAACGUGAUCCAUUCCGGCGCCCUAAGUCUCACCGAAUCACUGUGCUUUCGGGGCAUAAUGGUUUGGAAGAGAAACCGUCUAAAAGUGAUGUUGAUUUACCUAAAAAAAAUAGACAUAGUUGGGAAAAAGAAGAAGAGGUGCUUCUGAAUAAUGAAUCAUCACUUGAUGAUGAAGAUGAUGCUGCCAGAAAACUACGAAAAUGGAGCAAAAGUAAAAUAGAUUUAUUAAUGCCCAGUCUACGGUCCCUGGUCACUUUGGCCAGGGGCAAGUCAUCCUCAUCUUCAUCAUUAAAUCAACCCGGUUCUGCAGAAAGUUGGUCACAUUUAGAAUGUAUACGGAAUGAUGAACCAAUUCGUAAAUACAAUACUAUGGUAACAUUAUCUAAUGUAGUACUAAAUCGGCCUGCUGGAAUCAAACCAAUAAAUCGAUUACGAGAUACUGCCAUUUGUUCAAGAUGUAGUAGUGUUUUGUCUUUGGCUGCGUCUUCAUCUAGAUAUUCAUUAGGAUCAACAUCAAGUUUUGUAACACAUCGAGAUCAACCUAUUGUACUGUGUAAAGUAUGUUUAAAUGAAGUUCCUGUAAAAAAUUCUUGGACACUUCAACAAUGCGGCUGCUCCUAUUGUAUUGAAGUAAAUAGACUUUGCGCAAACGAUGACCGGUGUAAUGAGAGGUAUAUAAUGUAUAUGCGUCAACAGGUAGUAAUAAUGUGUGUGAAAGCAUAUGUGGAAUUUGAAAUUAACCAAGGUGCAUACAAUAUAUCUUGUCCAGAUGCUCAAUGUCCGAAGCAAGGCAUAAUCCAGUUAGAAGAAAUAGAAGCAUUGGUCAGCAUUGAUGAAAUUGAAAAACAUCAAAGAUACAGGCUUAAUAAGGAAGUGGAAUUGGAUAAAAGUCGUAUGUGGUGUCCAAAACCAGGAUGUGAAACUGUUUGCGAUGUUGGUGAUCGUUCUCGACCACAUAGUGUAAUAUGUCCUACCUGUCAAACCGAAUUUUGUUCGGGAUGUCGAGCAACAUGGCAUCCUGGAAAACCAUGCCCUCCGCCAACUACACAGGACAUGCCUACAUUCGAUUCAGAUUUAAUUAAAUGUUGUCCCAUGUGUAGUGUACCCAUUGAAAAGGACGAAGGCUGUGCUCAAAUGUUAUGUAAAAGAUGUAAACAUGUCUUUUGUUGGUAUUGUCUUGCUUCUUUGGAUGAUGAUUUCCUUUUAAGACAUUAUGACAAAGGUCCGUGUAAAAACAAAUUGGGUCAUUCUAGAGCUUCCGUAAUAUGGCAUCGUACCCAAGUGAUUGGUAUAUUUGCAGGCUUUGGUAUACUGCUACUUGUUGCUAGUCCAUUGUUAUUACUAGCUGCUCCAUGUAUAGUUUGUUGUAAAUGUCGGGUAUGCACCAGUGGAUCAAAAUUAGAUGAUCCUGAUGAUGAUAUAAUGGAUGAACCUAAUUGACCCAGUAUACCAA